CUCUGAACGCGUCAACAGACUCACAUUGUUCGGAGUCGGCAUGGCUAGCAACAUCCUCUUCCUGCCCUUCCGCAAAACGAACAGCCUUGCCUUAUCGACUGCAAUCAAGCAGUACAUCUCCAGCAAAUAUGACCAGCAUCCGGAUAUGUUCAAGCAGGACUUGGACGUUAUUGAUGCUCUAAGAAGGGAUGCGGUUCACGUGCGAGAGCCGCAUAUCAGUGGAAUCAAGAAACUCUCCGCCUAUGCGGGGCAACUUUCUUGGAUUGGGGGGAAAUUUCCUAUAGAUAUUGGUGUAGACUUCACAUGGUACCCGGCACUUGGCUACAAUACCGAAAGACCGAUUUCUCAGAAUAACCUCAAAUUCGAACUGGCCAAUGUCCUCUACAAUCUUGCUGCCCUCUACUCCCAACUGGCAAUGGCCUCGAACCGUGGCACAACUGAAGGACUACGGGCAGCAUGCAACUAUUUCUGUCUCUCUGCAGGGGUCAUCUCCCACAUCAAGAACGCAGUCAUCCCAGAGCUCCGCUCUACUCCUCCCGAAGACAUGGACGACUCCACUCUCGAAUCUCUGUCCCAACUCCUCCUCGCACAAGCGCAAGAAUGUUUUUGGCAAAAGGCUGUUAUGGAUGGAUACAAAGAUGCGUCAAUAGCAAAGUUGGCUGCUAAGGUUUCCGAUUUCUAUGGUGCCGCUGGGGAUUGGGGCGUGAAGAGUGAGGCGAUAAGUUCGGAAUGGAUACAUCAUACUACAGCCAAGCACCAUCAUUUUGCUGCUGCAGCACAGUAUCGACAGGCUUGUGAUUGUUUGGAGAAGAGAAAAUAUGGUGAAGAGGUGGCGAGACUUCGGGACAGCAUAUCCUGUGUCAACGAAGCACUGAAGGAGGCCAAGUAUCUUAAUAAAACAGUGAUGAAUGAUUUGAAUGAGUUGAGGAACAAAGUCACUGAAGAUCUCAAGAGGGCGGAGAAAGACAAUGAUUUGAUCUACCUCAGUCCUGUCCCACCCAAAUCGGAGCUCAAGACUCUCGAACGAGCAAAUAUGGCGAUUGCCAAGGUGCCAAAACAAGUAUCAGCACCUUCCGAAUUUAUUGGAGACAAGGGAGAAUUUGGGCCUCCCCUGUUUGCCAAGCUUGUACCGUUCGCUGUUCAUGUUGCUGCAAGCAUCUAUGAAGAAAGAAGAGAUCGUCUUGUCAAUACCAACAUCAUCGACGAACUCGAGAUCUUGACAACCAAGAUCCAUGACACACUAUCAUCGCUCAAUCUUCCCGGAUCUCUCCAAGCGCUGGAGAAACCUCUCGGCUUACCACCAAGCCUGACAUCUCAUGCUGAGGAAAUUCGUCAAGCAGAUGCCCUUUCCAGACUCCAAAGAUCAUUCUCAGACACCAACAAACUCAAAGCCUCCGAUGAUGCAAUCUUCAACGAAGGUAGAGAACUCCUUCAAGCAGAAGCAGCUGAGAACGACCGACUCCUCAAGAAAUAUGGCACUGACAGAUGGACACGUCCCGACUCAAAAUCUGCUGCUGCUAAAUUAUAUGCCCAAGUCACCGAAAUCGAUGGCUACCUCAAGAGUGCAGGAAACAGCGACCAGCUCGUCGUCAGUAAGUUCCGUGAAUGCGAAGACAUGCUCCGUAUUCUGUCUAGCACCGACCGCGACAUUGGGAACUUCGUCCCCAGUAGCCGCCGUGUCGCCAUCCCUCCAAAACUUGAAGGCGAGGUCUCACGUCUCCGCAACAGCCUCAACGAGGUGAGUCGUCUCGAGUCUCGCCGCCGACGCAAGAUCGAAGCCCUUCGAGAAAAAGCAAAGAAGGACGAUAUCAAUAACAGCAUUCUCGCCGAAGCUGCACGACUUGAACGUGAAUACCCUAGCCAAACAUUAGUCCCCGCCCAUUUUGAAGACUUUUUUGAACAGCGCCUCCAAAAGUACGAUGUCGAUCUCGCGGGCGUGAAGUCCGAGUCCGACGAGCAAGAUCGCUUGACUUCACAACUCGAAGCCGCGAACACAUCUUUCGUGGCAGCAAGGAAAGGUGACACCAGCUCCCGCGAACGCGAACAAGCAUUGCAGAAACUAGAGAAUGCAUAUUUCAAAUACAAAGAAAUAGUCAGCAACCUCGAGGUCGGGCGAAAAUUCUACAACGAUCUUGCCAAAAUCGUCGGCAGAUUUCGGGAUGGCUGUAAAACAUUCGUCUACGAAAGAAGAGAAGAGGUCUUAAGGAUCGAAAACGACCUCUCGCUCCCUCCGCUGUCGAAUUUGACACUUUCGCCGCAGCCACAGCAGCCGAGAACGUACAACACGCGCUCAUCCUCCCAUGGACCUCCACCUCCGAGUCAGAAUCUGCCGCAGGCAUAUCAGCCGCCUAUGAUAAAUAGCGAGAAUAUCCCUGCGCCCAUACCGCAAAGGGCGAAUGUUUCAAGUAUGACGACACCGCCGAUUACGCCGCAGACGUGGAAUCCGGAAUUGGGGAUUAAGUUUGGUGGGCCGCCGCCGCCGCCGCCGGGGCAGGGGCCGGGGCAGGGGCAAGAUCAAGCAGGACAGAGACCGGGUGGUGGUGGGACGUGGGAUCCGAACAGGGGGUUUAAGUUCGGUUGAGGGGUGUUAGAGAGAUGGAGGUUAGGAAAGGCGUGAAGGGAAGAUGAAUUAUGAUUAAUGACCGAAGUACAGUAUAGCAUUUUCGGAGUCAGCAGGGCAGGAGAGCGAUAAGCGGGAAUGGAUUCACAGGCAAUUGCCGCAAUCAAGGACUGUUUUAGGAACUGUAAGUUUUGGUUGUGUGCAUCUUUGAGUCGCGUUUCAUUUUGACUCGAGAAGUAGAGGUUCAAGUGAACCGUAGAGCAACCUCAAAUCUCGCCCUCAACAUUGUUGUACAACGCGGUUUGAUGAGCGAUGAAAGAUG